UCUCAAAGGAUUAGGGUCUCGGGAAGCGGUCGCUCAGGUUUCGACAGAGAUACGGCGGCCAGUGGUGGGGUGGUGCUCGAGACAUUACGCGUUCCGCCGCGAGAGAGAACGCUCCGCAACGCCGCGCCCGCGCACUCAACCGCUUUCGAACAGUACAUUCGAUUUUCAAAUUUUAAAAUGCUCCCGAACACAGUGAGGUGAAAAACAGUUCGUGUGAGUGAACCGUGAUAGAUCAGUGAACGAAUAGUGAAGGAUACAUUUUAGCGGAACAACCCUGUAGUAAUCCAAGAUGGGCUGCAAACUGACCUUCGUAGAUGACGUCCUCAACAGAUCGUUCUACAAACUCGGCCUGAUAGUCGGCCGACAGCCGGGCUAUUUCAUCAUCGUGCCAGUCCUGCUCACCCUGCUCAUGAUCACGGGCUACCAAAGAGUGCACUAUGAAAUGGACCCUGAAUACCUGUUCUCGCCAGUCAGUGGGCAGGGCAAGCUGGAAAGGAGGAUAGUGGAGGAACACUUCAAAGUCAACUAUUCGCACAGAUUUAACGUGGGGAGGAUUACGAGACCAGGGCGAUUCGGCCGCGUGAUAGUCGUAUCAAAAGACAACGAUACGAAUAUGCUUCGAACGGAGAUAUGGAAAGAGCUGAGAGAACUGGACGAACUGGUGCAGAACAUCACGGUCACCCUGCCUGAUGGGGAGACGUUCACCUACCGGGAGGAGUGCGCGCGUUGGGAGGGCCAGUGCUUCGUCAACGAUAUACUGAACUUGGACAAGAUUAUUGGAGAGGUGGAACGGGGCGAGUUGAACUUAACGUUUCCCAUCAUGUUCAACCCGGUGACGUGGGAGGCUCACGCUUUCCCCGUCUUCUUCGGCGGGUCGAAGGUGGUGGACGACACCAUAAUAUCAGUGCCUGCGGUACAGCUGGUCUGGUUCGUUCGGACGGAUAACCAAAUACAACAGCAAAGGGGUGCAGCGUGGGAGGACGCCUUCCUCGACGCAGUGGGGGUCGCAGAAGACACCGGCCGUUUCAAGCACAUCUCAGUCGCACGAUUCGGCUCCCGGACCCUCGAUCAUGAAUUGGAGAAGAAUACGCGAACUGUCAUCCCUUUCUUCAGUUCUACUUUCAUUCUUAUGGGCAUAUUCUCCAUUGUCACCUGCAUGAUGGCAGACUGGGUGCGAUCAAAACCGUGGCUAGGACUCUUAGGGAACAUAUCAGCUGUUAUGGCCACUGCAGCUGCUUUUGGUUGUGCUAUUUAUUUGGGGAUCUCGUUCAUUGGAAUCAAUCUUGCUGCUCCUUUUUUGAUGAUUGGUAUCGGCAUAGAUGACACUUUCGUAAUGCUGGCAGCCUGGCGACGAGCCUCUCCCAAGCUUGGCGUUCCAGAGAGGAUGGCGGUCAUGUUGUCGGAAGCAGCUGUGUCCAUCACCAUCACAUCAGUCACAGACAUGCUGUCAUUUUUCAUCGGCAUCUUCUCACCGUUUCCUUCUGUGCAGAUCUUCUGCAUGUAUUCGGGUUUAGCAGUUUGCUUCACGUUUGUGUGGCACCUGACAUUCUUCGCCGGUUGCGUAGCCAUCUCAGGGUACCGAGAAAAACAAAAUCGACACACCAUCACCUGGAUGAAAGUCCUUCCAGAAUCCAGAGCAAGAAAAGAGAAAAAGUCAUGGCUGUAUAGAGCAUUCUGCAGCGGAGGUAUCGACCGUGCCGACCCAGACAACCCCAUCGACAACCGGGAACACUGCAUCAUGGCCUUUUUCCGAACCACUAUGGCUGAUCUACUCAACAAUGGGGCUGUAAAGGCACUGGUCAUCGUAAUUUUCCUCGCGUACUUGGCCGGCGCUGGAUAUGGAGUCACCAACCUAAACGAGGGUCUGGAGAGAAGGAAGCUUUCUAAAGAGGAUUCAUACUCUGUGGAGUUCUUCGAUAGAGAAGAUCUUUACUACAGAGAAUUCCCUUACAGGAUUCAGGUGGUCAUUAGCGGAAAUUAUAAUUAUUCGGAUCCAGAAAUACAAGAUGAAGUAGAAACACUGACGCAGAGGUUAGAAAAUACGUCGUACAUAUCCAACUCGCUGUACACCGAAUCAUGGCUGCGAACGUUCAUCAAUUACGUCUCGCGAAAUAACGACUACUUGAAUGUUACAAUCGACAACGAACCUGACUUCAUACAAAAUCUCAAAGAAUUAUGGCUCUUCCCCGCAAAUCCUUUCUCUCUGGAUGUCAAGUUUAACGAAGCUGGUGACCAAAUUAUCGCAUCGAGGUUCCUGAUCCAAGCAAUCAACAUUAGCGGCACCAACCAUGAGAAGGAAAUGGUUAAAGUCCUGCGAGACGUUGUAGCGCAAUCGCCCCUGAAUGCUUCUGUUUUCCAUCCGUACUUCGUAUUUUUCGAUCAGUUCGAGCUCGUCAGACCAACAUCCAUUCAAAACCUCUGCUACGGUGCACUCAUGAUGAUGCUCACGUCAUUCAUUUUCAUCCCUAAUAUCCUUUGUUCUUUGUGGGUAGCCUUCAGUAUCAUAUCCAUUGAAAUUGGAGUUGUCGGUUACAUGGCCUUAUGGGACAUCAAUCUUGACUCCAUAUCCAUGAUCAAUCUCAUCAUGUGUAUAGGUUUCUCCGUCGAUUUUACUGCCCACAUCUGCUAUGCUUAUAUGGCGUCCAAAGCGAAAUCCCCCAACGACAGAGUCAGUGAAUGCUUAUAUUCUCUCGGCCUGCCAAUAGUCCAAGGAUCCUUCAGCACCAUUCUUGGAGUUGUAGCCUUACUCUUAGCUGACAGCUACAUUUUCUCUGUCUUCUUCAAGAUGGUAUUUAUGGUAAUAUUCUUCGGUGCCAUGCAUGGUCUCUUCCUUCUACCUGUCCUUCUAUCCUUAUUCGGCCCUGGAUCGUGCACUAGACACGAACCGGACAUAAAAAUGUCGAAAAUAGAAAAAUAUCCCCACCCCUACUGCCUACCCCAUCCCCAGUUGAUGCUGAACGAUCAAAUUUUUAACGGCAAAACUUUGAAUCCGAAUGGAAUUUACAAGAUUUACGGAGACGACAAAGAUUUAGGCAUCGGAACAUCCGGUGAGGAUACCAGCGAGAGCAGUUCCAACCAGUCGCAACGUCGGCAACUCGAUGACGAUAGUGGAAGGAAGAAAUACGAGGAAGGGUGGAAGAGAUCGAGCUACUGCCAGAGUCCGAGCCAGUUCCAGCCAUCUGGCGAACUGGACUUGUACGGGCAUGAUUUAGAUAGGAAUUGGCAACGUCAGCGUUAUGAAGACAACCGUCGAGUGUUCGACAACUAUCGAAAAGCUCCUGUGCCUAGAUCUAGGGAUGACGACUGGGUGACUUCUGGUCGUAAAACGAGCGAUGUGGGCAUGCCCCGCCGGGAAGGCACCUACCGAGUGAUGCGAGCGCAGUCGCAGCACAAUCUCCACCGACCCCGCGCGCCCCGGCGAUCCAACUCGCACCAGAACCUCGAACAUUUAGAUUAUGUCGCCGAAAUGCGCUUUCCUUGACAAUAACCUACGAUUCUACGAAGUUACAAUUUAAAUAAAGUGCUCAAUUUGUGGACCAAAGUAUUUAUACUUCGUACAUUGAAUAUAAAUGUUAUUUUAAGGUACAUAUUAUAAGAAUGCCAGGAAGUGUUGAUUAUGCUAUAAAUAUGAAUGAAAGACUUCAAAGCUGGCGGUGUAAUUGCGUGAGAUAAACUGAGUUAUCAGUUAUUUAUUCGUUUUGUGGGUUAGUCAUGAAUUUAAGAAACCAGUAUAUUUAUUUUGAUGAUUGAAUAUGACUGUGUUAAUUGUCGAAAGCUUAAUUAUUACGAUUAAGCUAUUUGGUGCAGACAGUGAGUCAAGGCUUUAGCUUUGAUAGUAAAUGCAUGUAAAUAUCGUUUACAGAAUCAUCAUUUUCGAUCCUUUAUUUUGAUAUUUUGUUUUAAACACAAGCGAAACAAAAGUGCUUUUUAAAAAAUAAUUUAUUUAAAACAUCACUAGUUCCUACGACUAUAAUACUAAAAAUACGAAUUCGUCUGUGUUUUACACGUUCUGUAGGCUAUUUGUUUAUGACAACAUUCUAUUUUAUGCUUAGUUUCAUAAUAGUGUGAUAUUAAACAAUCUGGGGUAGAUAAGGUAGCUUUAGUGGAAUGUGUAUAUAUAAGUGUGUAAUACAAAUAAGCAAAUAAGAUUCUACUGUGUAAGAGAAGCUUUAACAUAAUCUGUGUCUAGAACUUUCUGUAAAUAUUAGUUGUGAUAAUAUGUCUUGCUGCCAUGUAUACAAUCUCCUGUCUUCCUACAAUCAUCUCUACACACGAUACUAAGAAAGUAUUUAUAAAGCGAGCAAUAACUACAACUAACAUAAAACUAUAUACAUACAGAAUCAUUCAUACGCAAUAUUGUUUGCCAUUGUCUGGUAAAAGUGAUUUUUGGAGCAGUAUGAAUGAAAACUUGUGACCAAUCUGGUCACACUAUUAUGACUGAAUAUUGUAAAUAAUUUGUUUUAUAUUAAUAAAAUUAGUUUUGAUAAA